AUGGCUAUCGCGAAUGGCUAUGGCAAGCAUUCUAAGUCACUCUCCGAGACAAGCAUAGAAAACAUCAUGAAGUCUCAAUAUGCUGCGGCUAUUCUCUUUAUCGCCAGCAUGCUUUUCUCUAAACUAUCGGUCAUUUAUUUUAUCCGAAAUGUGACGCCGGCAUUCCAUCCCGAUCGACUGAUCACUGCUAGCCUGCAGGCUUUGACUAUCCUGUGGGCUGGCAUUGGUAUUCUCACUGCUGCAUUCCAAUGUAAAUUGCCUCGGACCUGGGACUAUGUCCACGGCCAAUGCAUCCAACGUGGAAACUGGUGGAAUUAUCUGUGUGUGAUGAAUAUUCUGACCGACACUGGGGUGAUGGCUUAUGGGAUCUUCAUCGUCGUGCGGCUUCAAAUGCGCCUGAAGAGGAAGGUUAUACUGAUGAUUAUUUUCGGAUUGCGCACCUUUGUUAUUGCCGCCAGCGCUUGUCAGGCUUUCUACGCCAACCAAGCAGCCGAGUCCCCCGAUCCGAUGUCUGAUACCUCGCCGUUUACCAUAUCUACUCAGGUCACCCAGUGUUUGGGGCUCAUCACCUGUUGCUCGCCUGAAUUGAAGCCAUUCAUAGAGAAUCUUCGCUCAUUGGGCUUCUAUGUUGACGGGAAAUCGCGUCACGACGCUUCUGCAGUGAGAUACAAUGAUCGGAUGACACGAUCACAUAACGAGGAGAACCCUUGGUGCAAGCAGCAUGAGUUGGAGACUAUUUCUCACUUGAAGAGCUCUCAUCGAACCGUUGUUACUGCGUCGUCAUCAAAACGAGAUUGGGAUGAAGGAAGCCAGUCGAGCCAGGCUCACAUCAUCCAUGAAGUCCGUACAUGGACUGUUACCGAGUCGGUAUGA